AUUUGCAACUGCACAAAUUUUCGUCUUCGUUCAUCUCUCGAUUGCGCUUUAUACAAAUUUGAGUGGGGCAUUGGUUGAGUGUAUUCCUUUUCGAAGAUGACGAUAGCUUAAAGGAGUAAAAGAUUUCAUCAUAAUUGCAAUCUGUGGUUUCGUCGAUGUCUUGCAUCAUUUUUGGAUUUAGGGUUUGUUGGAGUUUGUUCGACUUGAGACCUCACGCCAUGUGACGAUGAUGAUGAUGAUGAUCCAUUGAUGAGGUUCCUGCCUGGACAAUCACAUUAAUUAAUCUGUAGUUCUUGGGAAGGAAGAAGGUUUUGGUGAUCUGUUUAAUUUGGAUUGAUAAUCAUGAGCGAAGAAGCCAUGAACAACAAAUUAGUGACGCAGACUGAGAACAAGAAUUGUCGAGUGGUCGAGAAGGUUGUUGUGGCUGUCAAAGCAUCGAAGGAGAUCUCAAGAACUGCUCUUGUUUGGGCCUUAACUCAUGUUGUCCAGCCCGGACAUUGCAUUACCCUCCUCGUUGUCGUCCCUUCUCGUCCCUCUGGGAGAAAAUUUUGGGGGUUCCCGAGGUUCGCCGGAGACUGUGCUAGUGGCCUUAGGAGAUCGCAUUCGGGGACGAAUAUUGUCGAGCAAAAAUCCGAUAUAACGGAUUAUUGCUCGCAGAUGAUUCUCCAGCUUCGCGACGUUCAUGAUCCUAAUAAGAUCAAUGUGAAGAUUAAAAUCGUGUCGGGGACUCCAUCCGGUGCAGUUGCUGCAGAAGCGAAACGAAAUCAGGCUGAUUGGGUUGUGCUGGACAAGCAUCUUAAAAACGAGGAGAAAUGUUGUAUGGACGAGCUGCAUUGCAACAUCGUUGUUAUAAAACGAUCGCAGGCGAAGGUUCUUCGACUGAAUUUAGUCGGAUCGCCGGUCGAGCAUAACGAUUCGACGAGCAGUGAUAGCGAUCGACCGUCGAAGGAUACGGAAAGCAAGAACGAUUCCUCGGAUUCGACUCGCGGUCCGUUCGUCACCCCAUCGAGUAGCCCCGAGCCGUUCACUGCAACCGAACCCGCAACUUCGUCGGUCUCCAGCUCUGACCCGGGAACUUCGCCAUUUUCCACCGACCAACCGAUUGUUUCCGUCAAGAAAGAGGAACUAACCAUGCCCGCCAAACAGGAUCGAGAUCUCGAUCGAUGCAGCUCGGAUUCAGACAGCGACGACUUAUCUUCCUCCUCGAGUUUAAGGUUUCAACCGUGGAUGGCGACGAUCGUCGCUUCCCGCUGCCACUCUUUGGACCGGAUAAACGAACCCCGUCUGGCGCUGUCCCGAACCCAAGCAGGAUACGGCUCGCCGAGCUACCGAUCGAAUUUGGAUUUCAGCGGCAGUUUCCGGGAAGCGAUGUCCCUCCCGAGAACCGCGACUUCCGGGCCACCUCCAUUGUGUUCGAUAUGUCAACACAAGGCUCCGGUGUUCGGGAAGCCUCCGAGGUGGUUCUCGUACGACGAACUCGAGCUCGCUACCGGGGGGUUUUCGAGAGCCAAUUUUUUAGCCGAGGGCGGGUUCGGUUCCGUCCACCGCGGAGUCCUUCCUGACGGGCAGACGAUUGCGGUGAAGCAGCACAAGUUAGCGAGUUCUCAAGGAGAUCAAGAAUUUUGCUCGGAAGUUGAAGUGCUGAGCUGCGCUCAGCAUCGAAAUGUGGUUAUGUUGAUCGGUUUCUGCAUCGAAGAUGGGCGACGACUGUUGGUCUACGAGUACAUCUGCAACGGAUCUCUCGACGUUCAUCUCUACGGGAAUCGGAAAAACACGUUGGAGUGGAGCGCGCGCCAAAAAGUCGCUGUCGGAGCAGCGCGCGGAUUGCGGUAUCUUCAUGAAGAAUGUCGAGUUGGAUGCAUCGUUCAUCGAGACAUGCGCCCGAACAACAUCCUUAUUACCCACGACUUCGAACCGCUGGUCGGAGACUUUGGCCUAGCUCGGUGGCAACCCGAUGGCGAGACAGGUGUAGAAACACGAGUGAUCGGGACAUUCGGGUAUUUGGCUCCCGAGUACGCGCAGAGCGGGCAGAUUACCGAAAAGGCAGACGUUUAUUCGUUUGGGGUGGUGCUGGUCGAGCUCAUAUCGGGACGUAAGGCAGUCGAUCUCAACCGGCCAAAAGGCCAGCAGUUUCUUACAGAAUGGGCGCGGCCGUUGCUCGAAGCUCGUGCGAUUGACGAGCUGGUGGAUCCGCGGCUCGGCGGCAACUAUUCGGAGCACGAGAUCGACUGUAUGCUGCACGCUGCGUCUGUCUGCAUACGUCGCGACCCUCAGGCGAGGCCGCGAAUGUCUCAGGUACUUCGGAUACUUGAAGGAGACAUGGCGGAUUUGAAUCCUGGGAUUGAUGUUGGAAGUCGGAGCGGCAGAAUUUGGUCCUCCGAUCAUCAUCUCCGAUACGAACCUGCCGGCGCCGGCGGCUAUUCGGUUGUCCGGGAAUCAUCUUUGGGGAGAAAUGUGGAAGAUUUUAGGACAGCAUCAAACAAUGACAGUUUGUAGAUUAUUGCAAUUUAAUUAGUUGCUUGCUAUUGCUACAGCUGCAUAUGUCAAAUCUGCUUGGGUUUGUAUAUUUAGUAAUGUUUUCUUCUAAAUAGUAGAAUUUUGUUUGUAUAUUUAGGGUGUGUUUGUUUGGGGGUUUGAAUUUUGGAUUGGGAUUUGAAUAGUAAAAAUUUUGAAUUUGAAUAGUUGUAUGAUGUGAUAUAAAUAGGGUUUGAUGUGAUGUUUUGAAUGUAAAAUUGAUUUUUAGUAUAAUAUAAAAAAUGAAAAAUAGGUGUUUGAUUUGA